AUGCCAGAUGAAGGUGAGGAGGAGGCAAUGUGGGUGGGUCAAGAUUUGCACAAGCGCAAAGUUGAAUCAGCAACUUUGCCUGAGGUGUUGGAAUGUCAUGACUCUGAACCACCAAGUUCAAGAAUUGCAACAGGUCUGAAAAUGGAACACACCCAUGAACACACCUUUCUGGUGACCAGAGAAGUCUUUGACAUCAGCAACUCUUCUUUUGCCAAGUCGAAGAGUAUGGUGUUCUUACCGGCUGAUGUGCUUGACCCCAGCCAAUUUGGCAAUUGCAAUAGCAUCAAUUUAAAAGAGGCCAAUGAACAAGGCCGGGUUGUGAUACCAAAGAACAAGCAGACCAAAGUGGUCAACUCAGCCAAUAUUAAGCAGGCCAAAGGGGUACACUCUCACAAUGGAGAGUCGAGUUCAACUCAGAUUCUGUUUUGUUCUCCUUCACUAAGUAAAGAUGAUCAAGAAGGCCAAGGUUGUACACUUGCAAGGAGUGUACUUGGAUUUUCAAGGGACUUUGGUGAUGAUCAAUCAUCAUAA